ACGACGAAGUAACAGCAGCACCUUGAGCAACAGUAGUAGUAAUACUGUCAAAUAGUACUAGUACAAAAAUCACUGCUUAUACAUUCAUCUAAGAAGAAAUAAAACUUAAAAUAUAGAUUUAUUUGGAUUUGAAAGUGUAACGAUUGGUUUUGUUGAAGUAACAUUUCUUGUUAUUUUAUUCAUAUAAUUGAAUAUUUAAGUGAAGAUUCUUUAGUCAACUGGAUUUUAUAUAUUCGUUCCCUGAUACACUUAAGAGUUGGGACUAAUUUAUAUAAUAAAAAUGGAUCCAAAAGAAGAAUUGGUAUCAUACGAAGAUAGCCUAAGUAAUAGAAUGACUCGGCACGCACAAAAAAAUCCUUUUUUGAUAGCUGGUUUUGCAACUUUAUUAGCAGCUUGUGCAAUAGGUGCUUAUAAAUUCAAACAUCGAGGAAAUAUGCCAGUAUCUCUCUACCUCUUACAAUUUCGAGUUCUGGCACAAGGUUCAGUAAUUGGUUGUAUAACUGCUGGAAUGCUUUAUCAUAUGGUCAAUGAACAUGUUUUACAUAAAGGGAAAAAAGAAUGAUGAAAAUUAUUUAUGUAGAAUAUUUACUUGUAACAUUAGUUAGUUGAUAAUAUAUCGUACUAAAAAUUUCUACGGACGAGUUGUUCACAGAAACAAUUAACUCCAGUUUUAUCAAUUAAAUUCUAAUGUAACAUAUUGUCAACGUUCUUCUCAAUUGAACUUUUUCUAUGUAAAUUACAUUUCUUCAAUAAUUUGAUUUAAAAUCACUUUAAUGAGAACAAUUUUGAUGAUUGUUAAAUAAUAAAUGAAACGACUUUUUGUUCUGUAGAGUUAAUUGAUUUGACAAAUGAAUGGCUCAGGUAUUUAUUAUCUAUUACAAUUAAUCUGAAAUACAUGAAGCAAAAAAGCUAAAUGUGAUACUCAAGUAGUAUUAUUGUUAGAAUAUGAAUACUUUUGGCUGGUUCCAAUAACUACAAAAUUAUAUAAAUUAUAUUUUCUUAUACUUCUUUUGCUACAGAUAUAUAUAUAUGAUAUACCUUGUAUACCUCACGUAAACAUAGCCAUUAUGAUAAUUGAAUAUGAAAGUAACUUAAUCCAUAGUAAUUUAAAGUUUACAAAGUAAAUAUGUAUCGUCAAUAAACUAUUUGAUGUAAUAUUAGCAAAUAAAACAAUUGUAUUCUUAUGAAAA